GCGGCGGUCGCUAGGGCCCGCCGUCGCUAAGGGCCCGAGCCUGGGCGGCGGCGGCGGCUGGGCCUGGUGGGGGCCGGGCCGGGCCGGGCCUGGCCAUGGCCUCGGCGGGGCUGAGCGAGCGGGAGCAGGCCGGGUGCCGCCAGCUGCUCGAGCUGCUCGGCACCGAGGAGCUGUUGGCGCUGACGGACACCAUCACCAACCGCCUGGUCCACCCGGAGAACCGUCAAGAAGCCAUUAGUGCCAUUUUGGUUUACAGCCAAAACGUAGAAGAACUUCUGAAACGAAGAAAAGUCUAUCGAGAAACAAUUUUUAAAUAUUUGGCAGUACAAGGAAUCGCAGUGCCUCCUUCCUCUGAGAAACAUCAACUCAUUGCUUAUGUAAAGCAGUACUGGGACGGGAAGCUCCUGUCGAAUGACUCGGAGUCAGGGGAGAGAAAAACACACGCAGAGAGUCAUGAAAAGAGAUCCAAGUCACCUCAAGAUGAUGUUCACUAUCUAGGAGAAGAAUUCUGCCAAUGGUUCUUUGAACUCCUGAAUUCUCAACAUCCUUUGGGAGUUAAAUCUGAAGAAAAAUGGGGACCACAGCAUUUCUGGGAGGAUGCCAAACUGAAGUUCUGUUACAACACGUUAGAAAAAAACAUGGAAGAAUAUGUUGGUGCAGAAAUGGUGAGCCUUCGUCUGCUCUCGUUGGUUAAAGAAGAAUAUCUUCUGUUCAACCCCAAUUUGAAUGCUGAUGGACUGAAAUGUGUCAUGUCUCGGCAUGGGUUAGUACUGGUAGCAGUGGCUGGCACGGUACAUAGAGGCAACGUUUGUUUGGGCAUCUUUGAACAAAUUUUUGGACUCAUUAGCUGUCCGAUCAGGGGGAAUACCUGGAAAAUAAAAAUUGUGAGCCUUAAAAUCGUUGGACAGAAUGCUCUGGAGCCUGGAGUGCAAAUUGAAAAACCCUCCAUAAAAUACGAGUCAAACCAACUGCAGGAGCUGUAUGAUGGGAAAGAACUGGCUGUGUUUGAACCUCAUAAAUUCUGAGCAGUUCUUCCACAACUGAGGGACUGGGGGGUGAGGGGGAAGCCUACAGCACUUGUGUGUGGUUGAAUAUUGAAGUGAUUGCAGCCAUGCGAUGUUGUCUCUUUCUUGAGUCAGAUUUGCCUGAUGACAAACACAGAUGAAGAGUCUGAAGUAUUUAUACGGGUGAUGCUCUCAGGCACCUUUGUAACAGCCAACAAACUUUUCAAAAUAUUAUUUGAGAUUACUUUAGGUUACUACUCACUAAAGUUAGGAAUGAAAUUACUUUGGUUAUUCUUGCUUACAGAACAUGGGUUACAUUUGAAUAUGGGCAGGCUGCGGUGUAUAAUGAACUGGAUGACCUGGAGCUCACGAGUUGUAGGUUGCUUCUCCUCAGGAAACCAGUUUAAACUCCUGAGUUGUAACAGAAAGUCAUUGCUUCUGGCUUUUUGAAAUUGGGCCUGGUGAACAUCUAAAAAGUCUAAUGUCUUCUGAAAGUCCCGAGAAAACCGUCUGCUCUUUUGGCAGUUUUUGGAGGGAACUCACAAAAUACUGUGAAUGGACAUUGCUGCCUUUUAUGUUCUGAACGUGGUUUCUUCACUAACCAGUAGUAGUAAUUUAAUGGGACGAUGCAGGGAAGUUAGCGUUGUUUAAUUCUGUUCUGUUUAGGUUAAAAGCUUUCCUUUCUCUUACUUUACAAUUCCAGCUUUGAGAUGGUUUUCCAGUAUUCCAUUUCUAGCACUGACUCUCUUGGAUCAAAUAGUUGAUUCCGUGACUUACAACAACACUGUCUGAACCAAAUGCUGUGAUAAUUAUUUUGUAUAUACAUACAACAGAGAUUAAUAUAAUAAUUGUGAUUUUUGUAUAUUUUCUCAAAAUAGGAGCUUUGUAUACUCCUGGAUACUUUAUUACCUUGACUAGAAGUCAAUUUGUUAAUGGUGGGAAUUUACAACAAGAGGUGAUAUAAAUAAAUAAAUAAUCCAUA